AUGACUGGAUCUAUGAAUUCGAGACGAUAUUUCCAUGCAGGAUCCAUUUUAGUCAAUGGAAAAGUAUUGGUCACUGGCGGAGACGCCAGUAGUGGUCUUAGUCUUGAUAGUGCUGAUCUGUAUGAUCCAUCACUCGGUAGUUGGACGACAACAGGAAAUUUGAAUGGUGCACGAUUUGGACACACAGCAUCUAUUUUAUCGAAUGAAAGAGUAUUAGCUACUGGUGGAUAUGAUAGUACUAAUUAUCUAAACACCGCUGAAUUGUAUUGA